AUGAGUUUAUUUAAUUCAACACGUUUAGACACUGGAAACAUCGAAGCCCAAUUCAAAAAGAAUAAACACGAUAUGAAAGACUGUUUGAUAUCGUUUCAAUAUCCGACAUUGACUGUGACUGUGAAAAGCAAACAUAAACACAAAAUAGAUAUUACACAUUGCACACUCCAACGUUCGAGUCCACUUAUCCCAGAAAAACCAGAGACAAACGACCCAAAUUGGAAGAAUUUGUAUUUCCAAAUUAACUUUGACAAAGACACCUUUGUUUUUUAUAUUCCAAACAACAGUCAAUUUAUAAAUAUGUUAACCGUCUUGGGAUUAAACAUGAAAGUAAUAGGGACUUAUGGAUACCCUCUUCGUGUUUCUGUUUUAAAAAGCGCGUGGAGGUUCCCAACACCAAUUUUUAGGUCGAUACAGUAUCUUAGAUAUAAUGAGGCGCAUUUUGUACAGGGGAUAUUCAGGACAAGUUGUAAAGAAACAGAAAGGGAGAGAGUCAGACUUAUUAUGAACACAGACUUGACUGCUGAGACAUUCACAUUUAAAGGAGUGCAUGUCGCAGCAGGGGUUUUGAAAGAAUAUUUGAGAACACUUGAUGAACCAAUUUUUCCUAUGGAAUUUAAUGACAAAAUUAAAGCAUGUGCAUUAGAAGAGAAUAAUGUUUUCAUCAAGAAAAUGAAAAAGGUUAUUAAUGAAUUACCAUCAAUCAACAAGAACUGUUUGUGGUACAUUUUCGACUAUUUGAAUUUGGUCGUAAAACAUAAUGAAGUCAAUUUGAUGAAUGCAGAAAAUUUGUCAAUUGUUUUUGGACCUUCUCUGAUUUAUACGGAUAUUUCAAACACUUCAGAAAAGGGUAAAAACGAAUUGAAUGAGUUUAAUGUUGUUAUUAAAAGACUUAUUGAAAACUAUGGCGAAAUCUUUCGGGAGAUUAAAAUGGAAAACGAGGGAAUUUAA